AUGAAUUUAUUUGCUGUACAAGGUAAUAAUAUUCCAAAUAAUAGUUUGCAAAACAACUGUCAAGAAAACACAAACGAUUUUGAAAAAUUUUCCUUUGAUGAAAUAGAAAAGGCCAUCAAACAUAGCGCGAAUACUUCACCUGGUAUUGACAACAUUCAUUAUAUUAUGCUAUUCCACUUGCCAGAUAAUGCCAAAUCAUACCUUACUAAUCUUUUCAAUGACUUUGUAAUAAAGAACUUUAUACCGCCGGAUUGGAAAACGCAAAUUAUUGUGCCAAUAUUAAAGCCAAACAAAAACGCAUUAGACGCGAACUCAUACAGGCCUAUUGCUUUAUCAUCAUGUAUAUGUAAAACUUUUGAAAGGGUGAUAAAAGGUAGAUUGGAGUGGUUGUUAGAAAAAGAAUCACUAUUAGGAGGAACACAAUAUGUAUUUAGAAAAGGAAAAGGAACCAUGGACUAUCUAGCAAAAUUGAUUAACGAUAUUCAUAUUUCUAACUCAUAUAACAAAUAUUUACUCCUAAUUACUACUGACAUUAAUAAAGCAUAUGAAUCAAUAAAUAUAGACAUACUCCAUGAAAAAUUAUUACACUUUAAGGUCGGAAGAUCUAUAAGGAAUAUAAUUUUAGAGCUGAUAACAAAUCGACAGAUAUUUAUAAAGGCAAACAACAAAUUAUACGGUCCCAAAAAAACAAAUAAAGGAUUAGCACAGGGAUCAUUGCUAUCACCAUUACUUUUUAAUAUAUACAUGGCUCAGGUAGAAAAAAUAUUUACAGCUGACACACAUAUACUACAGUAUGCAGAUGAUAUAAGCAUAUAUACAUCCCAAAAUAGUAUUGACGAAUGUAUAUCUAAACUCACACGGGAAAUGUCUAAAUUCCAUCAAUGGACAUUAAAUAAUCAUCUAACAUUAUCACAAGAUAAAACAGCCAGUAUAAUUUUCAGUAGACACAGAAUACCAGAAGAAUUGACACAAAUUAAAGUCAACGACAAGUUAUUGCCAAGGAAAAGGAGCAUUAAAUUGCUAGGACUUCAUCUGGAUGAGAAACUUAUGUUCAGAGAACAUAUAACAUACACAAUAAAGAGAUGCGAACGUGGAAUUAAUCUACUUAGAAUAUUAGCUAAAACUUGGUGGGGAGCAGAUCCCCAGAUAUGUAUAAAUAUUUACAAAUCUAUAAUUAGAUCCGUAAUAAACUAUGGCAGCUAUAUAUAUGGUCGAGGAGCAAAAUCAUUAAUGGAAAAACUAGACAGAAUACAAUACGCAGCCCUAAGAGUAUGCAUUGGAGCGAUGCGCUCAACGCCAACCAAUGCUCUUCUGGUGGAAACUGGUGAACCACCUUUAAGUAUCCGCAGAACAAUGUUAGGAAAUAAUUUUCUUUUAACAAAGAUACAUAAUGAUAACGAAAAUAUCCCUGCACAAAUGGAACUGUUACAUAAACUAGUUUCUACAAAAAUAUAUUGGCGCAAGAAACAAAAUCCAAUAUUAGUAGAUUGCCUCAUAAAUAUAAAAAAAUAUGAAAAUAAUAUAAUUAAAAAUUCCACAUUGCCAGUGUUUAAAUUACCACAAAAAUUAAUAUAUAAAAAAAUAAACACAUACCUAGAAGAAAAUCUGGUAAACACUAACAUUAUGAAUGUAACCUUACGAAACACAAUAUUUAAUUAUAAGAUAAGAUUAACAUGGCCUGGAGCGAAAUUUAUAUAUACAGAUGGAGCCAAAAUAGGGAACUUAGCAGGAUGUGCAGCUUUUGAACCAACAAGCAAUACAGUCAAAUACAUCAAGUUGCCAGAAUCGACUUCUAUCUUUACUGCUGAACUUAUAGGCAUCAAAAACGCAAUAAAAAUUAUUGAAGAUAAUAAUAUAGAAAACUGUGUUAUUCUAACCGACUCUCGGAGUGCAAUAGAGGCGUUAGGAAAAAUAGACAGUAAGACAAAUAACAUUAUUUUGGAAAUACUAGAGGCUAUAGAAAAGUUAGAAAACAGAAAAUAUAAAAUAAACAUUGUGUGGAUGAAGGCGCAUGCAGGUAUUAAGAACAACGAAGCUGUAGACAAUUUUGCAAAACAGGCUUGUCAACUCGGGGAGGAAGGACAUAAAAUCCCAGCUUCGGACCUAAGACAGAAACUCAAGCAAAUCGCACUGCAUCAAUGGCAACUCAAUUAUACAAAGUCUCUAGAGAAAAAAGGACACAAGUACGGCUCAAUAAACCCGAAAGUAUCCACGAAAUCUUGGUUUCAAAAAAUAAAACAACAUAGAAAAUAUAUUACAAAUAUAUGUAGGAUACGACUAGGUCAUGGGAGAUUUGGACAACACCUAAAUAAAAUUAAUAUUAUCAAUUCCCCAGCAUGCACAUGUGGGUAUGAGGAAGAAUCCCUCAAUCACAUCUUCUUUGAAUGUCCCCGAUAUCACUCUGCAAGGGAAAAAUUUUACAAGAAGCUGCAAAAAGAGAAAAUUGAGUUUCCUACUAGCGUUCAUCAAUUACUUCUAAUUAGUACUGAAAGCAUACAUAAUAUUAUUAAUCAAUUUCUUAUGGACAGUAGUUUAGAAAUUUAA